AUUGGUUUACAGAGAUAAAAGAGCUUCAAAGAUCAAUGAAAGACUUGUGAUCACGUCAGAAGUUAUUGACAAUAUCUAUUCUGUUAAGGCAUAUUGUUGGGAAUCAGCGAUGGAGAAAAUAAUUGAAAGCUUGAGAGAGGAGGAACUGAAAAUGACCCGGAGGUCAGCCUACAUGAGGUUCUUCACUAGCUCUGCCUUCUUCUUUUCAGGGUUUUUUGUAGUCUUUUUAUCUGUGCUUCCCUACACAGUCAUCAAUGGAAUCGUCCUCCGAAAAAUAUUCACAACCAUUUCAUUCUGCAUUGUCCUGCGUAUGGCAGUCACACGGCAAUUCCCCACUGCUAUACAGAUAUGGUAUGAUUCUUUGGGAAUGAUAAGAAAAAUACAGGAUUUCCUACAGACUCAAGAAUAUAAAGUGCUGGAGUAUAACUUAAUGUUCACAGGCCUAGUCAUGGAGAAUGUAACAGCAUUUUGGGAGGAGGGAUUUCAGGAAUUACUGGAGAAAGUACAACUAAACAAUGAUGACAGAAAAACUUCCAAUGGUGAGAACCACCUCACUUUUAGUCAUCUCUGUCUAGUGGGAAAUCCUGUGUUGAAAAACAUCAAUUUGAAUAUAAAGAAAGGAGAGAUGUUGGCUAUUACUGGAUCUACUGGAGCAGGAAAGACAUCACUCCUGAUGCUGAUACUGGGAGAACUGGAAGCUUCAGAGGGAACUAUUAAGCACAGUGGAAGAGUUUCAUUCUCCUCUCAAAUUUCUUGGAUUAUGCCGGGUACUAUCAAAGAAAAUAUCAUCUUUGGUGUUACCUAUGAUGAGUACAGAUAUAAGAGCGUUGUCAAAGCUUGCCAACUACAGGAGGACAUCACCAAGUUUGCAGAACAAGACAACACAGUUCUUGGAGAAGGUGGAGUCACACUCAGUGGAGGUCAACGUGCAAGAAUUUCUUUAGCAAGAGCAGUAUAUAAAGAUGCUGAUUUGUACCUGUUAGAUUCCCCCUUCGGAUAUCUAGAUGUUUUAACUGAAGAACAAAUAUUUGAAAGAUACAAGCUGCUAGUUCAGGUCUACUCUCUGUUCUGA